AUGGGGGGGCAACAUGCCUCAUACACCCCCACCUCAGACGCUAUGGACCGCCACGAAUAUGGCAUCACGAAGAACAGGAAGGCGGCGUCGACCGGAGGUGGGCGAGCGUGGAGUGAGGAUGAGGAGGCCUAUCUUCUUCAGACGCGCCUGCAGAAGAUGCCGUACAAGCAUAUUGCUGCCCACUUGAAAAAGACAGAGCUCGCGUGCCGCCUUCAUUAUCACCAACUCAGCCAUGGCAGCAACCGCCGUAAGCGCACCACGUCGAUGUCUUCAGGGUCAUCGGCGAGCGGGCAAUCCCCGGUCCUUCAAACCUCGAUACCCUCGCCGAUCCACGAGCAUGAUGACGCACACAGCCGCUCCGUCUCACCCCCCGAGUCUGCUGAUUCGUACGGUUCAACCAGCCCCGGCGGCAUCCAACUGCCCAGAAUCAUGUCGGCGACCGCGUCGACGGACACGUCUCCCCGGCUCCCAACCAUUCUGCCCAAGCCGGCCUCGAUGACGCUUGCGCUGGCCUCGAUGUGCGGUUCCGGCUCGACCAGCACCGCGUCCCCGCCGACGUCUCGCGGUUACCCCACGCCCCUCCACGAGACGCACCCCCAAAAUGUCGCGCCCAUGACCUCGUCGGGUUACCGGGCAUCUUCCAACCCUGCACCGCUGCACUCCACCCGCGUGUCAAGCAGCAGCCCUCAUCACCAUGGACCGGGGCCCCUGCGCCUGGACUGCUCUGCCCUGCCGCCGCCUCCCUCGGCAGGCUUGCCGGCACCGCCUGGCUUCAUGGCCAGCCAUCCAGUCGACAUGGCGCGCCUCAACGCCAUCUACAACGCGCACCGGGCAUCGUUCUGGGCCGCCGUAGCGGCCGACUACGGACCGGGCGCCAACCCACUGGUGCUCGAGCAGGCGUGGAGGAGCAGCAGCACCCCUGCUGGGUCGGGCAGCGCACCAAGCUCCUCGAACCCCGGCAUUGCCGCGCAGACGCCCAUUACGCCGAUCGCGAGCCCCGACGACCAGCUUUGUAGUGCCCACGUCCAUCCCAAGCCGGACAAGACGCGGAUCAGCGCCAUAUUAGGGAUUGAUGCCAAUCCGAGGAGUCCCAGCGAGAGGGAGAUGGUGAGGCGGUUGGAGGAGGAGAGAAAUGUUAGCGGCAUGGGCAUUGUUGGUGCUUGA